CGUCGCCAGUCCCGCGACACCAUAGCCGAGCUGACCAGCACUCGAAACCCCGACCUCAACAUUGCUGGGCUGUCUUGUCUCUCUCUCUCUCCACGACGGACAGAUCGCCAGUCUCUGCCUUUUUCCCAGGCAACCGAGAAGCGCAUCUGGUUGCUUCCGUCUCGCAAUCGCGCCCCUGAGAGCUUCCUCUUCGCCCCUCACUUGCCACCCGGCGACAUCAAGUCGAGAGCCACGAGCAACGACACAGCCGCCAAUUCCGACCAAUUCGACUCGCGAGCCAGUCUGCAAGAGUCUCGACACCACGCUUGCGCACGCAAGCCACGGAUUGGACGUCUAGAAUCACGAAUUGCUGCACUGCGCGGCUCGAUCCACAGCCAUGGCUCCCAAGUCGAGAUUCACCAGGCUCGAUGCCUUCACAAAGACCGUCGAGGAUGCCCGGAUACGCACAACCUCGGGCGGCAUCGUCACAAUCAUCUCCCUUCUCGUCGUCCUCUACCUCUCCUGGGGCGAGUGGAGCGACUACCGGAGGAUCGUCAUCCACCCAGAGCUCAUCGUAGACAAAGGCCGAGGCGAGCGCAUGGAGAUCCACAUGAACAUCACGUUCCCCAAGAUUCCCUGUGAGCUGCUCACGCUCGACGUCAUGGACGUCUCCGGCGAGCAGCAGCACGGCGUUCUGGCAGGCGUCCAGAAGUUGCGCCUCGAGGCCCAGUCCAAGGGUGGUAGUGUCAUUGACACAAUGGCCCUGGCUGUGCACAACAAGGCCGAACAAGCGCAUCACCUCGACCCUGCGUACUGCGGCCCUUGCUACGGCGCCACACCUCCUGCCAAGGCUGAGAAGCCCGGAUGCUGCAACACCUGUGACGAGGUUCGCGAGGCGUACGCGGACAAGGGCUGGGCCUUCGGCCGUGGCGAGAACGUCGAGCAGUGCGAGCGCGAGCACUACUCAGAGAAGCUCGAUGGGCAGCGCCACGAGGGCUGCCGCGUGGUGGGCGCAAUCCGCGUCAACAAGGUUGUCGGCAACUUCCACUUUGCGCCCGGCCGCAGCUUCAGCAACGGAAUGGUCCACGUCCACGACCUGCAAAACUACCUCACCAGCCCUGUCCAGCACUCAUUCGAGCACGAGAUCCACCAGCUGCGGUUCGGUCCCCAGCUGCCCGACGACGUCACCGAGAGGAACAGCAAGAACAACCCCUGGACCAACCAUCACCUGAACCCGCUUGAUGACACGCAGCAGCGCACCAGCGACCCCAACUACAACUUCAUGUACUUCGUCAAGGUCGUGCCCACUGCCUACCUGCCCCUGAGCUGGAAGCCCCCGAAGGACUAUGCCACCAAGCGUCAGGACAUGACCUGGCUUGGCAACCUUGGCAACAUUUACGAUGGCAGCAUGGAGACGCACCAGUACUCGGCGACCAGCCACAAGCGCAGUCUCGAGGGUGGCAACGACAAGGCCGAGGGCCACGAGGAGCGUACCCACGCCAAGGGUGGCAUCCCGGGCGUCUUCUUCUCCUAUGAUAUCUCGCCCAUGAAGGUCAUCAACCGGGAAGAGCGCGCCAAGACCUUCGCCGGCUUCCUCGCCGGCAUCUGCGCCGUCGUCGGCGGCACCCUGACCGUCGCCGCCGCGGUGGAUCGCGGCGUGUACGAAGGCGCCACGCGGCUCAAGAAGAUCCGGUCCAAGGACCUCUAAGGGCUUUGCGAUCGAUCUUGCGACUGGCUGGGUGCCAGCCUCUUGCUGCUGCUAGAUGAUGAGAGAGACAGAAGGAGGGGCGGGUGCGGGGGAGGCUUAUGAAGAAGGGAACGGGAAAGCCGAUCUUUCACAUGGCCGAACUGAGCGUCUCAAUGUGCCGGGAAAGAGGAGGAGGGGGGGGGGGGGUUCGCGUGUUGUGUGCUGAGCUUUUCGCUCUGUUUGAAAAUAACUGCAUUGGGUCAUGGAGUUUGAGUUUUGUUUUGUCAAUCUUGGUUUUGGUUUCUUUUGGCUUCUUCUGUGCUCCUGUCUAUAUACAGAUCUCGAUACCGCCGAACUGUGAAAGUCGCCCUUUGAAAUCAAAGAGAAUAUAUCGUGUAC